AUGCUGGCCUCGUCGCGGAGCCGCCUCUGGGUCUGCGCGCGAUGCGUCCACAGCAGCAGUGCCCGGCCUUUGCAGCGACGAUGCGAAUCGACUACUGCUGCAUCUGCCCGAGCAGUCUUUGAUACGAAUCCCCUACCCUCUAUCGACGCUGCUAGCAACAAGCAUGACGAUGCGGUCCUGCGCGAUCUCUUCGAUGCGCCAUCGGGUUUCUCCUUUCCCCAGAUUACAUUUCAGAAGAACCAGGGCCUCUUCAAGAACCGCUACCUCACCAAUCCAGAUGGCUUCCUCCUCUUUGCCCAGAAGAACCUGGAAAAGGCUACCAAAAUCGUUAAGCGCGUUUUAGCAGCAUCUACAGUCGAGGAAUACCGACGCCUCGUCCGCGAUCUCGAUCGACUUAGCGAUUUGCUCUGUCGCGUGCUCGACCUGUCCGACUUUGUCCGCAUGACACACCCCGAUCUUCGAUUCCAACAAGCUGCUACCGAUGCUUGGUCCAUGGUCUACCAGUACAUGAACCAGCUCAACACAAUGACCGGGUUGAGCGAUCAGCUCAAUGAGGCACUAUCGAGACAGACCGUCACCCAGGCCUGGACCGAGGAAGAGAAGAGCGUGGCUGAACUUCUAAAGCUUGACUUUAUGAAGUCGGCUGUCAAUCUUCCCAAGAGAGCUAGAGACAAGUUUGUCGAGCUGUCAUCCAACAUUAGCGAUGUUGGAUCUGCUUUCGUCCAACGCAUGGAGCCCGAGAAGAAGAAGGUCACUUUGCCGUCUCACAGAUUCUACGGUCUCUAUCCCAGUUUGGCAUCUUCCCUGAAAACUCGAUCCCAAAUUUCGAUUCCGAUAAUGGGCUCCGAAGCUGCAGCGGCCCUUCAGAGCGUCUACGACGAAGAAACGCGCAAGGAGAUUUACCUGGCGCAAAGAAAAGCCUCACCCAGAACGAUUAAAUACCUCGAAAUCAUGCUCAAGUUGCGCUCCGAGCUUGCUGAACUGGCUGGCUUCGAAAGCCACGCGCACAUGGCCCUGAAGGACCGUAUGAUGGCCACAUCUCCGGCCUCAGUAAUGCAGUUUCUGCUGGCACUGAGGGAGCAUAAUACCCCCACCAUCCAACGAGAACUCCAGGAGCUUGCAGCACGCAAGAGCGAACGCUUGGCUAUGCCCAACGCUGAGCUCUUCCCCUGGGACCGCGACUUCUACAUGGAAAAGAUCCGAACCGGAAUGCGCUCACGUACCCGUCACGAGGAUCAGCUCACAGCAUUCUUUUCAGUCGGCACUGUGAUGCAAGGCCUGUCCCGUUUGUUUGACAGGCUCUAUGGCAUCCGGUUUGUUCCCCGCGAAACGUUGCCAGGAGAGGUCUGGCAUGAUGAUGUGAAGCGCCUCGAUGUCAUUUCAGACAAUGGUGAACAGGUUGCAGUACUAUACUGUGAUCUCUUCUUCCGCGAGCAAAAGUCUCCCAACCCUGCCCAUUUCACCGUCAGAUGCUCCCGUGAGAUCCUACCGGAUGAAGUAGAAGAGUCAGUCCAGGAUAUGUACGGCGAGGGCAUGCCUACCUUUGACACUCCCGAGGAAGCAGCCAAUGACGGUAUGGAACUUGGUCGCCAGGACGGUGUGCUCAAACAGCUGCCGACUAUUGCGCUUGUCUGCGAUUUCCCUAAGAAUGAUAACUCGCGUGAACCAGCUUUCUUGUCGUACUACUCUGUCGAGACGCUCUUCCACGAAAUGGGCCACGCCAUCCACUCUAUCCUCGCACGCACAAACUUUCAGAAUGUGUCGGGCACGCGCUGCGCCACGGAUUUCGCGGAGCUUCCUUCCACUCUGAUGGAACACUUUGCCGCCGACCAGAGUGUUCUAUCGCUCUUUGCGCGUCACUGGAAGACGGAUCGACCGCUCCCCUACGACUUGGUCGAGGAACGCAUCAAGGUAUCCAAACGCUUUGAAGGCAUUGACACGGAGCACCAGAUCUUGCUCGCCAUGGUUGACCAAGCGUAUCACGCCCCUGUUGCCGCUGAUGCUUCUUUCAAUUCGACAGAAAUCUUCCACCAGAUCCACCAGCGCUACGCCCACGGCCCGCUCGAUCCUCCAGAGACAUGCUGGCAGGGCUUCUUUGGCCACCUCCACAGCUAUGGCAGCACUUACUACAGUUAUCUGUUUGAUCGUGUGCUUGCUGAGCGCGUGUGGCGCGUCGUCUUCAAGGCCGGCGAGGACGGCCAGGCUAUUUCGCGAAAGAAUGGCGAACGCCUCAAAGAGAACCUGCUAAAGUGGGGUGGUGGACGUGACCCGUGGCAAUGUCUUGCUGAUACUCUUGAGGAUGACCGCCUCGCUGCAGGUGACGAGAAGUCUAUGGCUCUCGUCGGUAGCUGGGGCAUCAAAGACAGGCGAAACCAAUAA